AUACUUCUUCAUGCGCCUUCGCAUUGUCGCUCAUUAACCACUCCAUACCCGUUGAUUGCAAUUGCGUUCCGUUCAACUGUCUUUACAUGAUUCUCUAUUUUUGACAGAUUCCACCAGAAGCCCUCAUUGCAGGAGCUAGCUGAUGCUUUCAAUUGUUUGGUGAUAUAUAGUUCCAAGCUUACAGAGAUGCCCGCCAAAUCACGAUUUACGAGGCUUGAUGCGUUCGCAAAGACGGUGGAAGAUGCGCGCGUGCGAACAACAUCUGGUGGAAUUGUCACUUUAGUGUCCUUGGUCGUCAUACUCUGGUUAGUAUGGGGGGAAUGGGCUGACUACCGCCGAGUGGUGGUGCUUCCAGAGCUAAUAGUCGACAAGUCACGAGGUGAACGAAUGGAGAUUCAUUUGAACAUGACCUUCCCUCGACUGCCGUGCGAACUAUUGACAUUGGAUGUAAUGGACGUUUCAGGAGAGCAACAGAUGGGCGUCGUCCACGGUCUGAACAAAGUACGACUCAGUCCGGUUGCCGAGGGGGGCAAAGUUAUAGAUGUUGCGAAGCUCGAACUACACGCCCAAAAUGAAGUCGCUGUACACCUUAACCCCGAGUAUUGCGGCCAAUGCGGAGGCGCACCACCUCCACCAAAUACAAACAAGCCAGGAUGCUGUAACACCUGUGAAGAAGUUAGGGAAGCAUAUGCAUUGAAAUCGUGGGCAUUCGGCAAAGGUGAAAACAUCGAACAAUGUCAGCGAGAAGGUUAUGCCGAGAAAAUCAAUGCCCAGCGAAGGGAGGGAUGCCGUAUUGAAGGUGAUAUCCGAGUGAACAAGGUGAUUGGCAAUUUCCACAUUGCCCCUGGUCGUAGUUUCUCAACCGGAAACAUGCAUGUCCACGACCUGGACACAUAUAUGGACAGGGAGCUAUCCGAUAACGAGAAGCACACAAUGUCGCAUAUCAUUCACCAACUGCGAUUCGGACCUCAGCUCUCAGACGAGCUAUCCCGACGUUGGCAAUGGACCGACCACCAUCACACCAACCCAUUAGACGACACGCAACAAUUUACAGAUGAACCAGCUUAUAACUACAACUACUACAUCAAAGUAGUCUCAACAUCCUACCUGCCCCUGGGUUGGGAUAGCAGUCAAUCCGACCAACUCCACGGAGACGAUCAAUCCACUCCGCUAGGUCUCCACGGUGCUGUACAUGGUGCAGCAGGCAGUCUCGAAACGCACCAAUACUCGGUAACAUCACACAAACGAUCCUUACACGGCGGCAACGACGCUGCUGAGGGCCACAAGGAGCGUGUUCACGCCGAAGGUGGUAUUCCAGGUGUAUUCUUCAAUUAUGAUAUCUCACCCAUGAAAGUGGUCAAUCGUGAGGUUCGUCCAAAGACAUUUACGGGGUUUUUAACGGGUGUUUGUGCUGUUAUUGGUGGUACAUUGACUGUUGCUGCUGCCGUGGAUCGGUUUUUGUAUGAAGGAUCUAGGAGGAUGCGAAAGUCGGCAGCACAUACAGAAUAAAAACACAAAAAGCAAUAUGAGAAUCUAUGGCUUGUCUUAUAUUUAUGUCUACUGCAUCUUAUAACUAUUUUGUUUUGCCAUGCCUAUUUACUAUUGGCAUUUUUGUCAUGGGGCGUUCAUUUUCGGACACCUUAGGAGAUCGCUAUACAGAGCAUCAAGCACUUACAGCCUUAGAAAUCAUUGUCAUCCAGAAUCCAAAAGAACAAAAACCACGCAAAUGAAUAAACGAGUGCGUCGUUUCAGUUAUUCUCUAGAAAAACGCCAUUUAUUAUAGAGAUUAACACCAACAAUAAACAAAAACCAUAUAUCCUUUCGAUCUCAAAACAGGAAAGAAAAGAGAAAAAACUCCAAGCGACAUAAAAAAGACCCCCAAUAACGAGAGUACGCUGGAAACCCCACCCAAAAAUGAAACCGAGUCAAUCAAUCUCUCUGUGCCCUUUCUUUUUUUCUAAAACUCCGGUCUAUGCAGAUGAGUUAAUGGUAAAUAAUGGGGUGAUUUGGUAAAAAAAAUGUAAAAAAGAUAAAAAGAAUGGAUGUGGGAAUAUGCUGUUGGAUUAAGGUUGCGGAUGCAAAAUAGUUGAGACCAAGUGUAUGAAAGGGGUAUGUAUGUAUGUAUGAAAUGAUCGCAUAUUCUUUGACAGGUAACAGAUAAAAGGAGAAAAAAAAACCGAUGGAGGAUGUGUUGCUGUAAAAGAAAUUUGUAAUGAUUGAGGAGGUAUGGAAGGAAAGGUCAGUGUAAAUCAAUACUGCUGAUAUUGCUGCUGGUGGAAAUAUUGAUUCUGGUGUUGAGGAGGCGCAGCUGGCGGCGUCUGAGGUACCACUUGACCAUUCCAGGUAUGCCAAUCUGAGCUUGUGGCCGGACGAGGAAUCAUCUGUGGUUGAUUGAAGGUAUUCUGAUUCAAAGUAUCCCAAGUGUAGCUUGCACCGGGCAUGUUGUAUACACUCCCAACUUGUGACUGUUGCAUCUGCUGUGCUUCAUACAUUUGUUGCUGUUGGCGCUGUGCGAUUGCUUGCUGGACCAUUUGGUUGCUGAGGCCUUCUUUCAUAUAUCUCCUUUCGCGCUCGCGAGCAUCGAUGGCUCCAAUCAGUCCAGCGGGGCUGACUGCAGGCUUCACGUUGCUGUUGGACAGAUUGAAAAAAGCUGAUCCGGUCAUACGAGCCACAUGUUCCUGUUCUCUAGCCGACAAAUGCGACGAAAGAUCAGUUUGAUUCAAGAUGGCGUUUGAUCCCCAAGAAUGCGGACGGGGUGGUAGAUCGCUUUGAUUUAACAACAUUGUCGAAUUUCGAGAAUGAGGCCGAAUGGGCAUGUCAUGUUGAUUCAGGAUCAUUGUCGAGUUUCGGGAAUGUGGUCGCGCUGGUAUCUCGGUCUGAUUUAGCAGCAUAGUCGAGCCUCGAGAGUUCGGCCGAGGAGGUAGAUCUCUACCGUAAAAUGGUUGAGAUGCACCUAGUGUCCAAUCCCCUGACCGGGGUCUAGCAGCUGGGCUCCCAAUAGGAUAGUCUAGAGGAUGGGAGUUGGAGGUCGACCGAUGAUGAACAAACUGUUCAGGCGUCACGGUACGACUCGCAGGAGAUUCUGGUCGAUAGUUCGCUAGACCUGGCUGCCAAACAACACUUCUGCGCUUCUCAUCCCCAGCAGGUGAUCGUGACAAUUUGCGGGCAUGACCUUCUACUCGAUCAUCACGACGGGUAGGCGAAGGGGAAUUGGAACCGAAGUUGUUCAGCACGUCGGACAUACUAGGACGUCGGGUGUGCAAAUUGUGCGCCAUAGUCGGACCAAAAUCAAUAACCGGAAUAUCAGGGUUUUCCUUGGGAACUUCCUGGUUGGCAAGGUAAUGCGCGUCUCCGAUAGUGACCUCCUGCUUAUCCAAGCUGGAACCGCCCACCGUUUUCAAGACGCCCAUUCGAGGACGAGGAAUGGAGACUUCUGAGCGCUUCGUUUCGGUCGACUUGCGACUGGCAUAGUCUGGGGUCACUGAUCCGUCAUCGUCAUACACGCUUUCAGUAUCGACUCGCGAAAGUUGAGGAAGUUGAGCCACAGUCCUCUCGUAUGUGUACGAUGGCUGCAUCGGCAAAAUCCUACUCAAAGCGGCUUCAUCAACUGUA